UUCAACAUCUAGCUUUAUAGAAUCAACGAAGGAGCUGCGACACGCCGGACGAGUGGGCGGUCCUCUCAAGCAGGACGGCAUCUUUCACACUUGGCUCGCGAUAGCAAUUAUUGAUCCCUUCACUGCUCUCGUCAUCAAAUCCUCGUCUUCACGCUCAUCAGCAUGCCUCGUCCCUCAACGUCGCAUCUGAGCAGUCGACUGCGACAGCUGACCACAUCAUCUCCUCCAGCCACAGCACUAUUCUACGCAAGGAUAUGGUAUGCUCUUUCUGCACCCUUCGACGGCGACCACGAAGCUCUGCACGUCCUGGCUUUGUGCUUUCUACAAUGUGAUCAGCCUUAUUCCGCCUUGUAUCUCGUGAGAGACUUGGCCGAUGCGGAACCGGAGCUCGUCCCUUCUCGGCCGGGAUCAAGUGGCUUUGGUCGACGCAAGGGGUGUUAUGGAUGCGCCAUGAUCGUCGGCAAAUGCUGCGACAGGCUGUCGAGGUAUAGCGAGGGCAAAGGAGUCGUUGAAAGAGCUUUGGCGAGCAGUACUCCAAUGAACUUGCCUUCACUCAGUCCCUCAUUAUCAGCUGCCACUCCUCACCUGAUGCUCGCAAGACUAUCCCACAAGGGCAAAGCCCCGGAACAGGCCGUCGAGGCGUAUACCAAAGCCUUGCAGGAGGAUCCUUGGCUCUGGGAAGCCUUCACUGGACUUUGUGAUAUCGGUGAGAGCUUUCCUUCUGGGCCCAAUUGACACCAAUCCAGGCUGUCCUCCACCGUCAGAACUCGUCUUUCCCGACCCACCCGCUCCCACCAAAUCGUCAUCCUCACGCG